AUUUAAAUUUUGUAAAAUAGUUAAUAAAAAGUUUUUUUUAUUAUCUAGUUAUUUAUAUCUUUAUUUAUUAAAAUAAAAAAUUUUUACUAGAAAAUGGCGUCUGCUAAUAAUGAAAGCGGCAUAUGUUCCUCUUCUGCCGAAAUCAAAAGCUCUGGCGACCGUGGCAAAAUUGCACUAAUUACGGGAAUCACUGGCCAGGAUGGAUCUUAUUUAGCUGAGUUUCUACUACAGAAGGGCUACCAAGUGCAUGGUAUAAUUAGGCGGGCCAGUACAUUCAACACACAUCGUAUUGAACAUCUUUACGAGCACCCGAUGUCUCAUUCAGAAGGAGCAAAAUUCAAGUUGCACUAUGGAGAUAUGACUGACAGUUCAUGCCUAGUUAAGAUCAUUGCCGAAGUCAAGCCAACUGAAAUAUACAAUCUGGCGGCUCAGAGCCAUGUUAAGGUUUCAUUCGAAUUGAGUGAAUAUACAGCAAACGUUGACGCUCUUGGUACUCUAAGGCUAUUGGACGCCAUUCGAACGUGUGGCCUGACCAAUAGCGUUCGUUUCUACCAGGCCUCGACCAGUGAAAUGUUCGGAAAGGUUCAGGAAAUUCCGCAGAAAGAGACGACGCCAUUUUAUCCUAGAUCACCAUACGGUGUAGCUAAAUUGUAUUCUUAUUGGAUAAUAAAGAAUUAUAGAGAGGCCUAUAAUAUGUUUGCAUGCAAUGGCAUUCUAUUUAAUCACGAAAGUCCGAGGAGAGGCGAGACAUUUGUGACGAGAAAAAUUACGAGAGCUGUCGCGAAGAUCCAUUUAGGCCAGCAAGAAAUUCUCGAACUUGGUAACAUCGAUGCCGAAAGAGAUUGGGGACAUGCUAAGGAUUACGUCGAAGCAAUGUGGAUGAUGUUGCAGACGAAAGAGCCGGACGAUUUCGUAAUCUCGACAGGUGAGACGCACAAAGUCAGGAAGUUUGUGGUAGCCGCCUUCAAGGAAGUCGGCGUCGAUAUUGUUUGGGAGGGUUCAGGAAUAAAUGAAGUGGGCAAGGAUAAGAGAACUGGGGUUGUGAGGGUUAAAAUUAACCCCAAAUAUUAUAGGCCGACCGAAGUUGAAACAUUGUUAGGAGAUUGUACUAAAGCUAAAACUCAGUUAGGAUGGAAACCGAGAUAUAACUUUGACAUGCUCGUCAAAGAAAUGGUAGAGUCGGAUUUGAAACUCAUGAACUUUAAUCCUCAGGCCUAAUGAACGAUUGAAUGAGUAAAUAAACGAAUAAAUGAAUGAACGAAUGAAUGAACGAACGAAUGAACGAACGAACGAAUGAAUGAAAGAACGAAUGAAUGACUGAUUGCCUAAUUUCUUCUUACUAUCACUAUCACCGUUGAGAUAUAUUGUGAUAUGAGCGCCUAUGAUAUCACUACAAUACUUUUGUCUUUAUUAUUAUUUUUGUUAUUACUAUUGUUAUUGUUGUUUUCCAUUCAUCUUGGUGAUAUUGCUGUCAAUGGGUUGACACACACACGCACACACACACACUCACAUACGCACGUACACACACGCACGCGCGUACACACACACAUAUUUUUAUACUUAUUUAUUUAUUCAUAUUAGUUAAACAGACAAAUAUAUCAUGAUGGUUUAAAUCCUUGCAGAGCUGUUUGUCACUCGCUUCUUAAUCUAAUAAACAUUCUUCACGAUUGCACUUGUCUAAAAACCUUUGCUUCUAAAUCAGUCAUCUACGAUUUUGAAUGAUUUAAAUCUGUUUAUAAUAUACUUAUAAUGAUCGUUAUCUCACUCACACACACGCACACAACACACACGUACGUACAUACACACACACGUUCACUCACAGUUAUGUACACACAUACACGUCGUCUUAUCAUUCCUAUACAAUCUAUUCAGAUUCUACAGAUAUGUUUGUAGCUCUAUGAAUCUGUAUAAAUAUUUAUAUAUCGGGUUGUUAGAUUUUGUAUUAAUUUUCUUAUUGUUUAGUUUCAGUUAAUAAAUAUUCAGUUACACACGUAACUUUCAACAUCA